AUGUCCGAGAAGAUUCAGGAGGAGAUUCUGGGGCUAAUAAGCAAAUCCAGCUUCAAGCAGUGCUAUGCAAAACUGGAACAAUUGCAGAAACAGUUCCCGAACGCGGUGUACUUCAAGAUACUUGAAACUUAUGUCAGAUUUAAACAGUCGCCCGCUAAAUUCGACUACAAGAAACUACUGGAUGAGCCAUACGGUUUCAAAGGAACUAAAAUUACGGGUGACACCCGUUCGUUGGAGUUUUUACACAAUUUCUUCGUAGAACUGGGGAGAUACGAUGAGGCCUUGCAUGUGUACGAAAAAGGGAACUUCAAGUUUCCUAGCUACGAAUUGUCGUAUCAUUGGUUCACGAAAGCUUUGGAGGACUCGAAUUAUAACCAAAUGAGCAAGGCAUCUUUGCAGCUGGCCAAGUACAGUGAUAGUGGGAAUCUGCCCAAGAGAGCAUAUUAUUUUUGGAAUGCGGUCUCGACUUUAGCCCUAAUGAGGUUCCAGAAAAACACUCUUUCCGAACCUAAGAAAGCUGUGUUGGCUAAGUUGGCAAGCCAAUCUCUGUUGGACCUGAAACCGUUUCAAAAUGUCCAGGAAAUUAUCGUUUAUUGUUUAGUGUUGGAUGAACUGUUUCCUGAAUCUAGGGAAAUUUCAGAAGAGAUUGUUGCAGUCACUUUUGUCAAUUUCGACACUUCGGUAAACUUGUAUUUGAAAAAUUUCAUCUUGAAGCACGUGAAGUUACUAGACUCCCCACAAAAACUUUUUGAAGUUUGUUCAAAACUUAUUGAAAAAGGCCUUGAUGACUACGAAUUGAUCAUAAACUUGAUUGACGCUGCUUAUAGGCUCUCUAAAACUCAAGAAGAGUUGCAACGUUGGAUCGACAGAAAUUUGGGCGAUUCAAGGAAUACUAGGCUGGCACGCUUGAAAAUCGAUAUAGUCUACGCAAAUGCUGUUUCGGAGUCGUCUUUGUCAUACUACCUUUCAAAGUACCAUAAUAAGCCCUGUUGUUCGGUUGAUCUAAAUCAUUACGCAAACCAUAUAGACAUGGCUAUGCUCAAAAAUGUUAUGGCUAAGUAUGAUCCAGAAGGUGAAGAUUUGAUUCACCACUGUAAUGCUCUUGAAUUGAGACUUUUUGAAAACCACUGGAUUAAUGAUUACAAUAAGUUCAAGGAAACUUUAAUAAAGAAGCCUGUUACCGAUUAUUCAUCCUGCUCUAAGUUCAUAUUAGAAUUAAUCAAAAGCAUAUGCAAAGAAACUAACCCAGAUUUAAAGGACAUACUUUUAUGCAUAACAAUAUUGGAGAAUUACCAAACCAAUGACCCUCAUAAUUUCGACACUAUGUGUUGGCUAAUUGUCUUAUAUAUGUAUCUAGGCUUAGUCCCUGAUGCUUAUUUUCAUUUUUCAAACUUGAAAAUCAAGAAUGUUCAAACAGAUUCCAUGGACUAUAUGAUUUUUACGAGAUUUUCGACUUUAUUCCCGAAUAAGCAAGGCGAUUUUUAUUCCAAGACUUUUCGUGAGCACAAUAAUUUAUAUGAUGUAUCGUUGAAUAAUUUACCUAGGUACAUUCAGGUAGCAUUUGAAAGAAAUUCGUAUAGUAAAGUAUUAGGUAUGUUCGAGAUGAAGGAUAAACUAACGAAAUCUUAUACCAGAUGGAUGAAAACUUUGGAAAACUUACAGUUCUCACGUUUAUGCAAUGACAAACGUGGCAAUCUGCUACAAAAAUUGCACGCGGAUUGGAGGUCUUUAGAAAUGUCUGGAAAUAUAUCAUUUUCCGACAACAGGGAUUUAUCCAUACUGGAUAACAAUUCUGCUCAAUUUCUCAGUCGGGAUAAGAUUUUGGAGUAUGCGAACCUGAAUGAUGAAUCAAUUUUGUUAGCUUUCAUUAGAGAACUUAUCAUCGAGGCUCUGCCAACUGGAGAGAAAACAAAAGAGAUAACCGCACUCUUAGAAAAACUUCCAUUAGGUGAUAUUAAAGAGCUUUUGAAUAAUAACCUGACUGAGGUUGAGUCGAUAUCAUUCCAAAUUUUUUUCGAAAUUUACGAAAAUGACGGUAAAGAGCUGCAUGAUUUAAUUUCUAAAUUAGUUGAAAUUCCUACAAACGCAAAGAAAAAUUGGAAAAUCUCUCAUAUUUACCUCACCAAGAUAGCAACUUUAAAGACACUAGACGGUCUGAAAAGAGUCAAGAGUAAAGAUAUUCAAAAAUUAAUCAAGAACUCCCUCAAAGAAUUAAGAGCUUGUUGUGACGAUAUUUUCAAAGAAUAUUCUAAUGAUCUAACACACGCGUUCGAGGAAUUACAAAAUAGUGAAUCUAGUAAGUUGCUAAAGGAACUGGAUUUCAAACCCGAAAGUAUCAAAACCAUAAAAAAUUCAUUACUAAGCAUUCAAAAGAAUGUACGGAAUUUAUAA